AUGACACUGCAGACCGCACAAGACCAGGAAACCGAACAAACUAUAGUACAUAACCUCUCGUCAAAACAACUUACUGUGGCCCAAACAAAAGUUCUACAACAUGGAUCUGGUUUUAACACAACUGACGCCGACCCGGUCACCUUCAUUGCUUCUUUCGAAUCAGUGCUUCGUCAAACCGGCGCCACAGACGACGUAAAGGACCUCCUUCGACAUCAAGUCUCUUCACUCCUCAUGUCGCACCGGAAAACCCAUUCCCUGAUAAGAGAUGAACAAAAGGCCCUAAGGGAGCUGAAAGCGGACACCGAAAUAGUUAUUCUGUCUGCUGACAAAGGCCGGUCAACCGUCAUCCUCGACAAGGUGGACUACCGACGCAAAGCCCUCCUGCUCCUCAACGAUCGAGAGUCCUACCAAGUCAGCGACGCCGCCAGUCUAAAGUCCCUAGUGGCAAAGGUUAACAGAAUUCUGGCUCGACUAAAAAAGGACAAGGUCAUCACCGUCAAAGACUGGUAUAUGGCAAAGCCCGCAGAAACCGCUAUGGCGAGAUUCUAUGGUCUCCCAAAAGUACACAAGCCAGAUGUUCCCCUUCGUCCUAUCGUCUCGCUCCUAGGCACACCCACAUACGGGCUUGCAAACUGGCUAUUUCAGAAGCUAAGAUUCCUAACUGCAGGCUCACAAACAACAGUGCACUCAGCAGAACAAUUCCUUGACAAAAUAAGGGUAGUCACGAUCAAACCGAAUGAAAGGAUGGUGUCUUUUGACGUCGUCUCACUCUUCACGUCCAUACAACAGGCCCUUGCGGUCGAAACGCUCAGUGACCUGCUACGUCAAAAUUACGACGGGGGCGAUGGCCAGCCCACAGCUCAGGAUCUCAUAGAACUCAUGGGGCACUGCCUCAAAACAUUCUUUACCUUCGAAGGGACCACAUACGAGUAG